AUGGAAUAUAAAAAAAUAAUAAUUCUUAAAUUAUUAUUUUUAUUAAUAACAAAUCCAGAUUGUUUCUUUGUAAAAAAUGAAAAGAUUAACAUUGUGACUAGCAGUUCUCCGCUUUUUCUAAAUAACCAAGGUCCUUACAAUAGGUCCUUAAGAGCAUAUACAAACAGGUGGCAAAAAAAAACGGAGCUAAACUAUGCACAAAGUAAUAAACGGUUCGAAGGUAUAUUCCCCAAUACGGAUAAAAUAAAAAAAGAGAAAAAGCAUUUUCUUCUGUUUGGGAAAAAAAAAAACACUAAAAGUGAAGUAGCAGAGGAGGAAAUUCCCAAAACAGACGAGACAGUAGAAAACUUCUUUGAAAGCCAAAACAAAAAACUAAUAAAAGGUGAAUAUUAUGAUGUUGAAAUAUGUGAACUAUUAUCUAAAAGUUUUUUAUCCUAUGCCAACUUUUUAAUUCUUAAUCGAUGUUUAUGUGAUUAUCGAGAUGGUUUAAAAACAGUGCAAAGAAGAAUUAUAUGGAGUAUGUAUGAAAUAAAUAAAGGGUCUGAUAAAAAAAGUUAUAAAAAAUGUGCAAGAAUUGUAGGAGAAGUUAUUGGAAAAUAUCAUCCACAUGGUGAUAAAAGUGUUUAUGAUGCAUUAGUAAGAUUAGCACAAAAACAUCAUAAUAAUAAUGUAUUAAUAAAUGGGUAUGGUAAUUUUGGAUCUGUUGAAUAUAAUGCUGCUGCUAUGAGAUAUACAGAAGCUAGAAUAUCUGAUUUUUGUUAUGAUGUAUUAUUAGAUGAAAUAAAUGAUGAAAAUGUUGAUUAUAUAAAAAAUUUUGAUGGGAAUGAAAAAGAACCUAAAGUAUUAUGUAGUAAAAUUCCACUUUUAUUAAUUAAUGGUUGUUCAGGUAUUGCUGUUAGUAUAUUAACAAAUAUCCCAAGUCAUAACCUUGUUGAUGUUAUUAAUACAUCUAUAAAUUUUUUAAUAAAUGAUAAAAUAACGAAUGAUGAAUUAUUUAAUAUAAUUAAAGGUCCAGAUUUUUCAACAGGGGGAAUAAUAAUAACAAAAAAAGAUACACUAAGAAAUAUCUAUAAUACCGGAAAAGGUAGUAUAGUAAUAAGAAGUAACGUAUUUUAUGAAUAUGUUCAUAAUAAUAAAACAUAUACUCAUCAUAUAAAUGAAUUAAGUAAUUUAGAAAAUCUAGAAUCCGAUAAUAAAAGUAGUAAAAAACUUAUUAUAAAAAAUUUACCACCAAAUGUUAAACCAAAUGAAUUGAUUGAAAAUAUUGUGACUGUAUUAAAUGAAAGAAAAAAUGAACAUGAUAAUAUUUUAUCGAAAAUUAGAGAUGAAAGUGAAAAAAAUGAAAUGAGAAUAGUCCUUGAAUUAAGAAAACAUAGUCAAAUUGAACAAAUACAUAAUUUUGUUUCUUUUCUAUUUAAAUAUACACCUAUGGAAAUUAAUUAUCAUUGUAAUUUUGUGUGUAUAGGUUAUGAAAAUAGUUAUACCCAAUUUUCUUUAAAAUCAUUUUUACAAUUAUGGUGUGAAAAUAGGAUAAAAUUUAUUAAAAAAAAUUAUCAAAUUAAAAAUAAUAAUUUACAAAAAGAACUUAAUAUUAUAGAUCUUUAUUUAACUAUCCAAAAAAAAAUUCUUGAUAUUAUUUCAUUUAUACAUAAAAAUCAAAAUAUUGAACAGAUUCAAAAUUAUUUAAAAUCAAAUUUCAAAUUAAAUGAUGACCAAAUUAAAUAUAUAUUAUCUAUGAAAAUACAAAAAUUAGUAAAUAUAAAAAAUAUAGAUUUUGAUAUACAAAAAAAAAAUAUCAUUAAAAAGAUCCAAUCAAAUCAGUAUAUAAUUGAUCAUGUUCAAGAAAUUAAACAAAUUAUAAUAGAUGAAUUAAUACAAAUAAAAAAUAAAUAUGCCCUUAAAAAAAGUCUCUUACCACAACCACAACUUAAGUAUAAAUAUGCUUAUAUAAAUGGACCUCCAAACUUGAUGCAUCCCUAUCAAAAAUCGGACGAGGGCGAUACAAAAAGUACUGAGGUUAAAUUUGUUACUGAAAAGGUGGAGGAGAAAGAAGGUGGGCAACCCGACGAUGCGGCAAGUCCCAAAGAUGAUAAUACACUAGAACCGGAUGAAAAGAAAAAGGCAAAAAAAAAUGAAUUAAAAAAUGAAGUACAAGCUGGCGUACAAAAUGACCCACAAAAUGAUAAUUACAGGAAUACAUACAUCGAUUCUCUAGACACGACGUUUAAAGAUAUAUACAACAAUGACGAUGUACUAAUUUUAAUAACCUAUGGGGGAUAUAUAAAAAAAAUAAAGAUAAAUGAUAAGCUAAAAAAUAAUGUAAAUAAUAUUAUGAAGUUGUCUAAUGCUAAAUAUAUUUUAAAAGAAAUUGAAGAAGCAAAAAAUGGAAAAAAACAAAUUGAUGAAAACAUAGUAGAUGAUAGUUCUUCGGAAAAUGAUGAAGAUUUAUAUAAAAGUAACAAAAAUAAUUUGGCUAGUAACAAUAUUAAUACAUAUAAAAUAAAAAAAGGAAUACUUUGUAAAAAUAAAGAUAAAAUAUUAGUUACAGAUAAACAUAAUAAAGCAUAUCUUUUAAAUGUUUCUGAAAUACAAACCUCAUUAUAUGACUCUAAAGGAAUUCCGAUAAGCCAAUUAAUAAAAUGCUCAACAACUAUAACAGGAUUAGCUAAAUAUGAACAGGAUAAAAAAUAUUUAAUUGUUUGUAGUGAAAAUGGAAAAAUGAAAAUAAUAAAUAAUGAUGUAUUUUUAAAAAAAAAAAAAAAAGGAAUAAAACUUUUUAAAAAUAAAAAAAAUAUAUUUUUUAAUUAUUGCAAUUCUAAUGAUAAUUGUAUAGUAGGAACAAAAAAUGGAUAUAUAAUACAAUUCCCUUUAAGUAGUUUAAAAAUUUCAAAAAAAAAUUCGUUAGGAAAUAAAUGUAUGAGCUUAAAAAAAGAUGAUAAGGUUAUUGAUUUAAUAUCUUAUGAAAAUAAUCCAGAAAAUCUUAAAAACCUUAAAAUUAUUUUCCUUUCAAAAAAUGGACAUGGGAAAAUGAUUGGUCUAGAUGAGAUCAAAGUUCAAAAAAAAAGAGGAAAAGGAUUUAAAAUCAUGAAAUUUAAAAAAAGUAAAAAGAAAAAAAACACUUUACUAAAUAAAGACAACAAAUUGAAUGAUACAAAAAAAAAUAUAUCUGAUAAAGUAGAAGCUGAAAAUAAGCAAAAUGAAUUACAACAACAAGACGAUGACAAGGAGAGUGACAUUGUUACUAGUUCGGAUUCCGAUGAAUUAUUAGGAUUUAAAUUAUAUGACACAAGAACAAAAAAAGAAAAUGAUUUACUUAUUAUGAUCACUGAUCAUGCUGUACUUAUAAGAAAAAAUAUAUCCUUAUUGAAACACAAAAAUAGAAAACAUUCAUCUCAAAUUUAUGCUAAAUUAAGUAAAAUGAAUAAACUCAUGUAUUUUGAUAUUUUAUAA